UGAAGUCAUCAUACAAUCGUAAAACAUAAGCCACUCUUUCGCUUUAUUAAUUCGUUUGACAUGGCUGUCUACUUUUAGUUUCCGACAUUCAUCCUAUGUAUAAUUAUUUAAAAAACUCAACUAUUCGUGGUCAUUUCUAUAUAUCAAGACAUGGACAACUAGAUCGGCAAGAAGAUCUCGACGGUGUACCACAGCCAUUGAAUAAUGGGCAACUCUUCGUUUUAGAGGAUCACGGGUUAUUAUUCCCACAAAUUCCUUAUGAAAAACUUUUGGAGCAAGAAGAUCUGCAAGAGGAUCCGGACUCCCCACCUUUACAAAAAGUCUUAAAGGAAGAGAAUGAUACAGAAUCAUCUCCACAAGUGGAUGAUGUGAUAUGCCCCUCGCGAUGGGACCGUCGCAAAGUGGCAGAAACAGAAGAGUUUGUUGAAUUCAGCAAGACUGUAAGGCAUGCAAAGUUUGUAAAUAUCAAAGAUAGUGGGGCAUUAGUAUCUUUAGCGGGGCAAAUAAAUGUAGAGGAUAGUGAGCUAGAAUCCCAACAACUUGGCUUCGCACAAGCAUGGCCUAGUACGGAAUUAUUAAACGAUAAAGGCGAACUUGUGUCACAACGCGAGGAACUGAAAAAGAAAGGCUAUAAAGGUUAUGUCAUUAUUUACUCGAUGUUAGACUGUCCAUCGUGUACUCAGGCAAAGUUAGCUCUCUAUGAUGCCAAUGUUCCAUUUAUAGAUGUUAGACUGGAUAUUUUCCCGAAGGAAAAGUACAAAGUCGCCAAAGUUCCUGAUAUUUAUUUUAAUGAAGUACACAUUGGAGGUUUGAAGGAAUUAUUACAAUUGAUUAAAAACCGAAAGAGAUUAAAUGUAUUGAUACAAAAAAUCAGGAACGACGAACCUGGACCAACUGCUCCCAUACCACCUGAUCCUUUUCAACAAUAUUCACUUCUCGAAGCCAAACCUGACCAGACGGCUGCUCCGUACUUUGAAUUAUUGAAUGAUUUACUUAAAAAAAAAGUGAUACGCACAAACCGAGUGUGCUGCAAACGUUAUCAAAAUUCAUUUCAACCAGAUGCACUGUUUACGUAUGCAACAAAUAGUGGCGAUAGAGCGAAUGUUCUUGGUCAGUUUCUUUUGAAUCAUCGUGUUGGACGUCUCUAUAACCCUAAAGAAUCAUAUGAUGCAACGAAAUCACUCUAUGUUCAAUUUGAAAAGAGUCACACAUUGGCCCUCAACUGGGGAGUCUCUAGCACUCUGGUAAUGAGAGGCGGAGACACAGUCCUUAAUGUCAUCGAACAUGUUCGUUUCAAUAUUCUCCAGCUAUACACAAAGUAUGUCAGUCAUAAUGGAAAGAUUGUGGACUACACAGGCAUGGAAGAAAGCAAGGAGUUCCUGCAGUUCACACAGGCAAUGGGUGCACUGAUCUUUAUGAAUAUAGAAGACAUGACAUGCCCCAUGAAACUUGCCUUUUUUAUCAACAUCUAUAAUGCCUUGGUUAUUCACGGCUUUAUUGUUAAAGGAUUCCCACUGAACUGUUGGGAUACAAAAAUGUUUUUCAGAAAAACUAAAUAUCUCAUCGGUAGACACAUGUACUCCUUGAACGAUCUAGAAUAUGGCGUCUUAAAGAACAAAUCUUACAUUUCAGGUUGUCUAAAAUACUUUAGUAAGAAAGAUCCCCGCUUUAACUCUGCGCUGAAGCAAAGAGAACCUCUGAUCCAUUUUGCAUUGGUUCGUGGAACCCAAAAUUCUCCUUCUCUACGCAUCUACUCCCCAGAGUGCAUAGAUGAGCAGCUUCAGAUGGCAGCAGCCAAUUUCCUCCAGGAGGGUGGGUGCGUGUUGGACAUGACUACGGGAAAGCCCAUCAUUCGUCUCUCUUCCAUACUCAAGAAAAACUACAAGGACUUUGGAUGCAGUAAACGUAAGAUUCUUGGUGUGGUUUUACAAUAUAUGCUCAAUGACAAACGUAAGAGCAAACUUGAAGAGAUCUACAAAAGUGGCAAGUAUUCCCUGAAGUUUAUGCAGGAUAAUAACGCGAUCAAUGCUGAACAAAGUGACCAGUAGUGCAAUAGAAAGAUAAAUGAAUGUCAACUUCUUUAAUGCUACUAUCAUUCAAGACUGUCUUGGCAUUUUUUAUAACAGGUUUAUGGCAACCUUUGUAUUUUGUGUUAGUUCUUAAAAUCAACCUUCAAGAGAGAGAAACUUUACAUUUCAUCAAAGUGUUAGUGAGACUAACUUUACAUUUCAUCAAAGUAUUAGUGAGACUAACUUUACAUUUCAUCAAAGUGUUAGUGAGACUAACGUUACCUUUCAUCAAAGUGUUAGUGAGACUAACUUUACAUUUCAUCAAACUGUUAGUGAGACUAACGUUACAUUUCAUCAAAGUGUUAGUGGACUAACUUUACAUUUAAUCAAACUGUUAGUGAGACUAACUUUACAUUUCAUCAUAGUGUUAGUGAGACUAACUUUACAUUUCAUCAAAGUGUUAGUGAGACUAACUUUACCUUUCAUCAAAGUGUUAGUGAGACUAACUUUACCUUUCAUCAAAGUGUUAGUGAGACUUUUACAUUUCAUCAAAGUGUUAGUGAGACUUUUACCUUUCAUCAAAGUGUUAGUGAGACUUUUACAUUUCAUCAAAGUGUUAACUUAGUGAGACAACGUAAUAAGAGUGUUGAUUUUUGGGGGACAAAUUUACGUUUAUUGUAUCUCUUACAUUCUUCAUGAAAUCAUUAUAAUGAAUGCUUAAUUAUUAAUCUGAUACUGUCUUUUUAACUGAAUUGUAUAGCUCUCGAAAUAACAAAAAUAUGUGACACCAAUAUAUAUAUAUAUAUAUAUGUAUAUAUAUAUAUAUAUAUAUAUAUAAAUAUAUAUAUAUAAAUAUAUAUAUAUGUCUGGAAUCUCUCUCCAAUAUAGAACUCUACAUUUACGUGAGAAACAUAAUGAUAAGAUGAACUAUAGUCGUUCUAUGUCUGUAUAAAGUAAAUAUACAAUAAACAGCUGUAGUUAUUACUGUACAAGGGACAUAGAAACUAAACUUAUGACAUAUAUAAGGCUUUCAUGUUGUCUCAUUUUGUAUGCGUUAAUAGUUGUAGCCUAAUGUUAUACAUAUCUAAAGAAAUGCUGAAAUAAUUGUCAAUAAAUAAGCUUCACUGGAUAAGAAACCACUGAUUAGGAGAGAAGUUAGCAUAAAAGUAAAAACAUGAAAUGACAUUUCAAAAUAAGAAAAA